AUGGACCCGCAGCUGCUGGCCGCAAGGCAGGCGGCGCGCGACAGGGGCGCCAUCAGCGGCCUGCCGCCAGAGCUCCUGAACCUGCCGAUCUCGGCGCUGCUGGAGGACGGGCCGACCGAGAUCGCGCCGCCGAUCAAGCGGCGCUGCCUCGAGCCGGGCCAGCUGCGCGUGCCUCCCGAGCGCACCGACGAGAUUCGGAGGGCAUUGCAGGAGCGGGUCGCGCGGCGGCGGCCGUUCGCGGUGCUGCUGCAGGAGGUGGUACCGCCUGCCUUGGAGCUGUUGUCCUCGGAGAAGGUGCUCGGCGGCUCGUACGAGGUGGUGGUGCCGAAGGACCCGCCUAUGUUCGUGGUCUCGGGGCGCCUCGGCCCGCCGACCACGGUGCCCUUCCCCAGCACGCGCAUGGGGCGGCAGUUGCUGUGCGUGACGCUGCAGCUCGCCGGCGGAGACUCGCCCCUACUGCUGGCCACUGCGCACCUCGAGAGCACGAAGGACCACGCUGCGGAGCGCAGGCGGCAGAUGCUGCAGAGCUUGCGCCAUUUGCGCUCCCAGGUAGGCAAGCCGCCGGCCGCGGCGCCAGCCGGCACCGCCCCCGUGGGCGCCGCAGUGUUCGGCGGCGACCUCAACGCGCGUGAUGAUGACGUCCGAGAAGUGAUGCAGCAGCUGGGGGCGGACGGCGCUGGCGUGGCCGACGCGUGGGUACACUGCGGCUCCCCGGCGGCCGCCCGCUACACUUGGGAUACCGUCGAGAACACCAACGUCGGGGCCAGCUUCUCCUGCAGGACGCGCUUCGACCGCGUGCUCUUCCUGAGCCCCGGGGUGUCCGACAGGGGCCCCGCCCCGAAGGCCAAGGCAAGGGGCAAGGCGAAGGCCAAGGCGGCCGCGCCCGCCGUGGAGGCGGCCGCCCCGGCGGAGGGCUGGCGGCCCACCGCUGUCUCCCUGGUGGGCAGGGCGCGGGUGCCUGGCCUGGGGCGCUUCCCCUCGGACCACUGGGGCGUGCUCACUGUCUGGGCGGCCGGCGGCCCAGCCGCGGCGGCGGCCGCCGCCGCCACGACCGGCCCGGCUUCCGCGGCGAGCAGGACCUCCACGGGGUCCGCCGCCCCUGCGGCGUGCGCCUUCCCGUUGGCGCCGGCGCCGUUGGCGGCGCCCGCCGCCGCCGCCACGGCCAGCGCAGCCUUCGCGGCGAGCAAGGCCUCCGCGGAGUCCGCCGCCCCUGCGGCGUGCGCUCUGCCGUUGGCGCCCGCGCCGGUGGAUAGGCAGCCGAGGGAGUUCGCGGCGCUGACGACGGGGGGGAAGCACCUGGUCAUAGACUUGGGCGACGAGGACUGAGGUGGGCCAGACUCGGCCCGCCACACUCAGUAUGCCUGUCUUGAGCCGCCGCGCACUCUCGAGGCUUCGCACUCCUGCGCUGGUCUCGGGUUCCCCUAUUUAGUUCUGCCAGCUGCUACCGCCGCCAGAGCGGAAGGAUUUGCAUGGGGGUGGAGCAAAUCCAAAGAGAAGAA